AUACAUUACACUUUAUGAGGGCAAUGUAAUGUGCAAGCAAUCAGGACUUGGAGGAGCUGAUCGCAUUUUCUCUGUUUCACCAGAGACUUUAGAGGAGUUUAACCUUCCUGCGAUUAAUUUUUGGAAGAGGUGCUUAGGAAACGAAUCGAGAAUUAACGAUUGCGCCUCAGUUCGAUAUAUUCCAUGUAACAGAGAACAGGAAAUAUCCCUGAUCCAAUGCACAAAAUUAUUGCCAGAUUUGACGAUAGAUAUGGAGAGUCUGGUGUCAAAUAUCUAUAUCCAAACUCUUCCUCUUUUCUACCUAAGUUGCGCACUGGAAGAACGUUGUGUGGAAUAUAACGGAUCGGGGAAAGUUAACUGGUGGGAAAGACGUUAUCUGCUAAGAUUCUCUACGGUGAUACGCAAUAUUGGAUUAAAAGAAUUCCUUCCAGCUUGGAAAAGUGACAGAUGGGAGUGGCAUCAAUGCCAUCAGCAUUAUCACAGUAUGUCGAACUUUGCCGAAUAUGAAAUCUACCACUUUGAAAAUCGAUCAAACCGAACAACAAUCAGGGGAUUUGACUACAAAAUAGCAAGUAGCCAUAAGGCCAGCUUUUGUUUGGAGGAUAGUAUGUGUAAAGCAAAUCUUCAGCCAAAUUUCAAAUGCAGCGAAAGCCGAAACGCAAAGGGAACUCAAGGUUUGUCACCAGGAUGCUCUGAUGCAUAUAUGCAUGAUAUUGAUUGUCAAUGGAUUGACAUAACAAAACUUAUAAAUAAUGGCACAAUUCGAAGUAAUGAUGUUUACGUUCUCAGAGUUGUUGUUAAUCCUUCGGGAAUUCUUGUUGGUGAGGAAGAUUAUCUAAAUAAUGGCAUUAGUUGCAAGCUUUAUAUCAACUCAUUAAAACCAUAUGUCAAUCAAUGCCAUUUUGUGCACCCAACUAUUAUUUGGUAA